AUGGAUGAAACGUCGGCAAAUGCAGGGCACACUCGCUCCAAAGUGUGGACAGAUACAAACGUGAAGGCACCAAGACAUGCCUACUAUAGAGGCCUCAGUCUUGGACUCAAGAGUUCAUCCGGGAAGGGAGGCCGCGUCGUCAUCCUACAUGUUGGCAGUGAGGACUGCUUGAUGCAAGGCGCAGCUGAAGUGUUCCGGGCCAAGAAGGGCACCGGUGACUAUCACCAGGAAAUGGACGGCAAGCGAUUUGAGAAGUGGCAUACAGAGAAGUUGUUGUCCAACAUCAAGGCCGACAGCGGGAUUGUCAUGGACAACGCUCCAUACCCCUCCGCCGAGCUGAAUGCCUGUCCGAGCAGCAGCACAUUAAAGAAGAAUGUGGAAGGCUGGCUGACGCUGCAUAGAGUUACUUGGGACUCUACAAUGUUGAACGUAGAGCUGCUGAACCUUGUAAAAAUGAAGAGAGUCAAAAGGCCGGAACUGGAGAAGUGUCGCGUGGACGCAAUAGCAGAGCAGCAUGGACACGUGGUUCUUCGUCUGCCGCCUGACCAUUGUGAGCUCAAUCCGGUUGAGCUGGUGUAG